CAGCUGCAGUUCCCGACGUCCUUUGUUGCCUCCAUUUGUUGGACGGUUUUCCUCUUUCAAUUCCAUUUGUCCAACUUUCUGGCUUACUGACGGCCUAGCACUCAACGAAGGUCAUCUCGUCUUCUCUAGGCGUUGCAUUCACGUCCGGCGGGUUGGGUCGUAUCUUUCGGCAUUCUCGGGCCUCUCGUGAUGCCAUUCAGCGAGUACGCGAGGUGCCGUUUGCUCAGCCUCAAUUUCUCCGUCUUGCGAAAAGCGUGUUCAACAUUGCCCUACCUAGGUACACAUAAUCAACAAUCCCCAUGACUUCCGAGAAAGCUCCAACAUACGCUUUCAAAGAGCAAAUCAGACCUUUGAAACCUCUUACUUCUGAUAAUGGCGUAAAAGCUGGGAAGGCUGAUUGCUAUUAUUAUUAGAGGGCAAAAACCCUGGCAAUGGCAAGAACGGAACGCUUCAGGUAUGGCAUUAUUAACGAGCUCAGGAAUUUGAUGACCAAGACGGAUCUUCUGGUUUAUUUCUUCUGCGCUUUUGAGGAUGCGAGUGCGUGGGCUACCUUAUCUAGGAUCUUCACAAUCGUGCUACACGAUCCGAACUUGAACAGCAAGUUCUUGACCAUUGAUGCACUCGACAAAUGAGUCACAGACGUGUAUUCCACACACUCUUUUAUUUGAAGGUGCUAUUUGCUGUCCAUUACGGUCAUCUUCUACAUAAAUUAUAUCUACACCAAGUCCCUAUAACUGACAUACAAUACAUAGGUAGUAACUUACAGUCCUUACAAUCCCGAUUAUCAAUGCAGUUGUGCAAUUCCUACAAUUGACAUUUCUUUUGCAAUUUCUGCAUUCCCUGCAAUUGAUACAGUCCAUUAUAUGCCCGUACCGGGACCUCUGCCACCAGACGCAUUCCACUACAAGGAAGUAGCGCAUCACAAGACUACAGCCACGUG